ACCAUUUAUCCAUUGGCGACACGUAGUCGCUGUAGACGUCACAGUACGUGUUCCUCUUGCUUACGCUCGUCCCAAUACCCGUCGUAGAAAGCAGCAAUCGCCGCGUCGUGGGCUCACGUCGAACGGCCGGAGUAUAGAUCAUGCCGUCGCCGCCGUACGACAAUCUUCAGCGAAGUCAUCGACGUGUUGCUGUCGUCGCAGAGACGUAUGCCCGUGACCCCCACACACAAGCACUCAGUUUACACAAGUACAUUAGUCCACCUGCUAGCGCUUUGCAAAACCCCGAGCAAUGCUAGAUAGAUAGGUGCUAGCGAAAAGAUUUACGUGACAUCGAUUGCCACUGUGCGUGGGUUCUGCACAGUUCUAGUGUUUUUUUUUUCUUUUUUACGCCAUUGCGAACUUCGUAUUGUUCUUGUGCUGAAGUAAAGUGGGUACCUAGCUUAGCUUGCAUCGCCUUAUUGCCAAUCGGGUGCGCCUCAAAAUUAUCCCUACGUGUCUACAUAUUCAUUUCUAGUGCAACACCACACGACGCUGGCAGUGGCAGCGCAACCUUACUGAUAGGAACAACAGCGUAUAAGCAGCUGCAGGCCUCUGGUGAUCAGACCAGUACAAUGUUUGCGAUAGCAUGCCGCACUUUCAAUGUUCCAAAAGGAUACAUGACGUGCCCGAAGAAAAUAUCACGCAAGAAAAUUGUCAAGGUAGCUUGCAUCACGUGAAUGCUUGGCUCGUGUCAAAGACAGCCGGCUGUCUCACUAAACAGUAAAAAAGUCACACAUCUGAAAAAGAAAAAAGAAAACAAAGUGAUAGGAAAUAUAGUAUGCCGCUACGGCUGUCUUGCUCUAUGUAGCCCGAAGUUAAACCAUUGCAUGUGGCCAAGCCAACUGUAACGAUGCCAGUGCUUCCCGUCCUUUAUUAUUGAGCGCCAAAUAGACAAUCUCCCUUCAUCAUUUUCAUGAGCAAAGAAAAGCAUUGCUUCUAUAAGGUGGCUUGCCAGCAGGCCCGGCAACGUAUUCCACUGAGCUGUCGUCCUCGCUUUACCCAACCAGCGCAGAUAGCGAAAGCGGCAGGAUCUGGGCCGUCGUGGGCGUCUUCCUCGUCAUUUGCCUGAUCUUCGGCCUCAUCGUCGUUGUCUUAUUCGCCAUUCAACCCGAAGACGAUGACAUCGCUGAGGAAGUCGCCGGCAGAUCUGGAGCGGCGGCCGUUACCAUUCCAGCUGCCCCGAACCAUACGCUCGCUACGAUUCCGGAGCGUCGCGUCAGUCCCACACCGAGAAGGGUUCCCACACCUAGAACGACUGCGACGAGCGCUACGCCACCGGCAAUGAUGACGUUGCCCAGGAGAACAACCCCCACGGCCACUCCGGCAACGACGACGUCUCAGCCUCCUCCGCUGCUCUGCUCUGUCGGCUCGCCGGCAGCAGCCAUCCACCCGCUGUACCCGCCGGACAGGUCGUGCGACAUCGUCUUCUUCACGCACGUGCGGGUCAAGAACAACACGGUGCAGCCAGUGCUUGGCAAGAUCAUCUUUCCGACGUUCAAGAACGUCUGCGCCACAUACAGGGACACCACCUGCGGCCUGUCCUUCGACGUGAACUUCCUCGACCAUACCCAGUUUUCCGUCACGGACUUGCUGGAUCAUCUGGCGGAGCUGAAGAGAGCGUCACGUAUCAACCACUACGGCGUCCUCAACAUCUACGGGCCCCCGACCUUCGUCGAAAACAUCGGCAUCUCGACUGACUUGAAGGACAUAAUCAGAGCCUUUCGGAGUGUCCUAGGAGACGACAGGAAAAGCCAUAUGACCGUCGUCGGCGUCGGUUUCUUCUUCUACAACGACACAAACUCUUGGAAAAACUUGGCUGACAUUGUCGAGCAAGUCGCCUCGGACGACGUGGACGUUGUGGUGGUAAUCACCACUGUUCUGUCACAACCCGAUCGGCGGCAGUGCCUUACGCUGCCGAUCAACGUGAUAGACAGCAAGAAUCCUUUCGUACCAACAUUGGAGGCGGCAUCCCCCAUGAUCACGGCAGGAUUCGCGAGGCCCUCGCUAGUCGUGGCCUUCGCUCUCCAGAUGGGCGUCGUGUACUACACCAUGGACAAGGAGUACGACCUGCCGAUAUCUGCCUCGUACCAGCCAUGCACUGGGUUCAGCCUGACGGACUACUCCCAGGCAGGCUUAAUGCCCUUACUGCUUCUCCAGUGA